UACAAGUGUAAUCAACCUGAUGUCUCCCUGGUUAUGAAUAUGCAUUUGCUCUAGGAAAUACACCUCCCUCUGGAUAACCCACAGUGUAGUAGGUAUGCAGCUUGCUACUCCGUGUUUAACUCACUCUUACGUGCGUCCAUUAAAAUCGACCUAUUUCAGAGGAGGGAGUUAUGUAGGCUAAUGAAAUAAAAAGAAGGGCCCCUACUUGUAUACACAAACACAUUUAAAUAUUUUUAAUUAUACAUUUUAUUGAAGAUACAAGAUUGGAAUUGGUGGGUUCGAAGGAGAACCGGGAUAAAGAACUGAGAACUGUCUCUUGCCUGUUGACGCUGGUGAUAAAAAAUUUCAACAAAGGCUCAGAAACCGCCUAGCAACCAAUCAGAAGGGCCACAAUUGGAAAGACCGGUUAGGUAGCUCAAAAUAAGGAAGACAAUUUAGAACCUGUUAGUAUAAACUAAACAGGGAAACCUAACUUGUGCAUAUACGUUUACACAAAAAUUUGCAGGCUAAGUAGGUGUAGACAAAUGGGCGAUACUGUCCACAUCUCAGAAAAACUAGCUUGGUAAGAAUAAAAAAUACUGGGGUAGGAUAGGGUGACUGCGUGCUGAAAACUAUCCUAUGUAGCUCAUGCGUUUUUUUCAUCAGCAGAUCUCAGAGAUAACUUACAUUUGGGAUCUUGUGACUUGUGUUUCUUUCGACUGGAGCUUUGCUACAGUUAGUGUGGCUGUUAAAAGACGGCUUAAUGUUAUGUUUUUAGUUAAAAUGGAGGGACUGCGUUGGAGCGGUGAGUUAAGUGUGGACUGAGGAGACUUGAUUCGAAAGUUACAAAUCUCUUUUUUCAACCAAACUUUUGGCCUUGUUUUGGUGUGGAAGUGGAGUUUAGAAGAGAGGGCCAUGAUGGGGAUGUGGCAUAAACUGAAUGACAGUUAGUUUGUGUCAUCCAAACCACAGCAUAUGAUCCCUGAACACAAUGGAAAAAACAGCACCAAAAAAAAGCAGGUCCUAACAGCACCAGAAUUUGCUGUGAGAAAACUAUAAGCGAUACCAUUCCAUCAAGUUGUCACAUCAAGACAGAGAUCAUCAUGGCCUUCAAAAAUUGUAUUGAUGAAAUGGACUUGUACACUGAUGGGGAACCAACAUCAAGAUUUCAGUCAUUAAUCAGUCAAAGUACACAAAUCCGUCAGGGACCCCCGGAAACGUUCCUGUUGAACACAGUUAAGGAGACUCUGGAUGAUUCUGGAAUGGUCAGAAGAUGGACCUUUGGAGAAAAGAACCAGAGUAAGACCAGAACCAUAAUGAUGAUGGGAGAAACAGGGACAGGGAAGUCCACCCUCAUCAAUGUCAUGGUCAACUACAUCCUGGGAGUGGAGUAUGAAGACAACAUCCGGUUUGAGAUUAUUAAAGAGAAAGAAAGAAGCCAGACUAUAUCUCAAACCAGUGCCAUCACUGUGUAUGAGAUCUAUGGAAAUGAAGGGGCUCGAGUCCCAUUCUCUCUGAGGCUCAUUGACACUCCUGGUUACACGGACACUUCAGGAGAAAAACAGGAUGAGCACAUUUCUAAAAAUAUAAGCAAGUUGUUCAAUGCUGAAAAGGGUGUUCAACAGAUUGAUGCAGUGUGUUUAGUGGUGAAGGCCUCACAGAAUCGUCUCACUGAUAUUCAAGUCAAAAUCUUUGAUGCGAUCUUGUCCUUGUUUGGAAAGGACAUAGAGAACAACAUCAUGGCUCUGAUCACGUUCUCAGAUGGCGGGAAAAAACCUGAAGCCCUUGAAGCCAUUGACAAAGCUGGUGUUCCCUGCGCCAGGAACAAGAAAAAAGAACCCAUUUUCUUCAAAUUCAAUAAUGUGUCCAAGAAAAUAAAUGAUGACUGUGGUGGUGAAGGUGAUGAUGAUGAUGAGGAGGAUGAUGAGGAGGAUGAUGAGGAGGAAAAUUACUGGCAGCGAAACUGGAAGAUGGGAGUGAAAACCAUGCAGAAAUUUUUUGACAGCCUGGACAAGAUGGAAACGAGAAGCCUGCAGAUGACUCAGGAAGUGCUAAAGGGGCGAGAACAGCUUGAAAUGAACAUUCAGCGUUUACAAGAUCAAAUAACAGCCUCUGAAAACCUCCAAAUAAUGCUAAGGCAGACUGAAGAUGUCCUGAAGAAACAUAAAGAAGACAUAGAUGCAAAUAAGGACUUUGAUUAUGUUGUAGAUGAACCGUGUAAAAUAAAAGUUGAGACUAUAUAUCCGGCAACCUGCUGCAGGGUAUGUGAGACAAACUGUCACUAUCCGUGUACUGUUGUCAGUGCAAAGUGGCUAAACUGGUGUGCUGUAAUGAAGGGAAAAAACUGUACAGUCUGUGAAAGGAAAUGCAGUUAUGAAGACCACAUUAAAGAAAAGAAGAUGUACAAGCCUUCCACCAGACGAGUCACCAAGACAUUUGAAAAAAUGAAGGAACAAUACGAAAGAUUGUCUGGAGAAAACGCCACAACAGAGAAUCUGGUGAAGAAUCUUCAGGAACAUGCCGAGAAUGUUGUGUCAGACAAAAGGAUACUCGUAGAGGAGUCAUAUCAGCACAUCAUCAGCCUUUCCAAGAUCGCCUUGCGGCCUGACUCCAGGUCUACUGUUCAGUAUCUCGACUUCCUGCUUGAGAGACUGAAAGAGACGGGAACUAAAGAGCAGAUUCAGAAGAUAAUGGACAUAAAGAGAAGAGCUGGAGAUCUUAGCAAGCUCAAGUAGAAGGGUCUUCUGUAACUGGGGAAACUACCGUAUUAUUUGUAUUUUGGAAAUCAGAUCUGAUAUCUGCAUGUGAUUGUGUCAAGAAAUUUGAUGCAAUGAUUAUAUAAACAGUUCAUAUAUCCAGAAGUGCUACUGUGUAAAAUAAUUAAUAUGCACAUAUUCUGAACUGAAUCUCCUGAUGGACUUAUAAAUUAAAUUAAAUUAAAUUAAAUUAAAUUACAUUACAGGCAUUUGGCGGACGCUCUUAUCCACAGCGACGUACAACAAAGUGUAUAACCAAAAGCAGGAACAGGCGUGUUGAAAACCCUAGAGGGAAGCACAGUUUCAAGUGCAGGGAACAACCGCGUAGUUUAACUUGGACCCUGUAGGUUAAUCUGAUUAACACAGCAAAAAAAACAGCAAAAAAGCAGUCUAUGCAGAUAAAACAAGCAAUAGUUAUUGCACUAGUGCCUACUCUACUAAGUCAACUAAGAGAAACAGCUUACCUAGCUACAACCCUAAGAUUACAUAGUCAAUUAGAGACUACAGGGAGGUAGGGAGUGAUGGGGAGAGGUGGAGCCUGAAGAGGUGAGUCUUCAGUCGUCGUUUGAAGGAGGUCAGGGUCUCGGCUGUUCUGACUUCCAUGGGAAGGUCAUUCCAUCAUCGUGGAGCCAAGACAGACAGGAGACGUGACCGGGAAGCGCAAGUGCGAAGAGAGGGAGGGGCCAGGCGUCCUGAGGUAGCGGAACAGAGGGGUCUGGCUGGCAUGUAGGGUUUGAAGAUCUUGUGGAGGUAUGCUGGGGCUGAUCCCUUGACUGCCUGGUAUGCUAGGACCAAUGUUUUGAAUUUGAUGUGAGCCAUAACGGGCAGCCAGUGGAGGGUAGUGAGCAGGGGGGUGAUGUGGGAGUGUCUAUGAUAUGAUAUGUAAAUUCUGGAGUUGUGAUUUUAUAUACAGUUCAUAUAUCCAGAAGUGCUACUUUGUACAAUAAUUCAUAUGCGCAAAUUCUGAAUUGAAUCUCCUUAUGGACUUAUAUUGUUUCACAUCAAAUGGGGUUAUGUAAAUUACUUAGAGGGAUGGUCUCACCAUUAGCAGAUGUUUUACUCUCUUUAACAAUUAUUAUAUCCUUAUUCUAGAUUUUUCCAUUAAUAACAAGCAGUCCAUGAUAUAUAAAUUCUGGGGCUGAUACCAAUAACCGAUAUGUAUCUGAUUAUGCUGGCCUUUACGAUACCGCAUCAUUUUAGAUCAACGCACGAUGUAGCCUAACUAAUUCCCACAGCUGUGAAAGAGGUAGAGGAGCGCAGAUGCCAACUUAUGGAGGAAAAUUUUAACAAAUUCUAUUUGUGUAACAAAAUAUUUUUCCUUGUUUACUUUAUUAGUAAGCAGAAAGGAUGAGUCUUGGGAGCUUUUGAGUCUGGAUGACUUUGCACGUGAAUUUGGCUGGCAACAAUGAUAAAUGAAAAACAAUAAAUAAGAGGUGAUGAAAUGUG